AAGACCUUCAGCACACUCUAGGUGCGCACGGAGGGUCCAUCGCUGGUGAAGCAGACAGCGAGCAACAUGCGUGUCGGACUGAAACCUUUUCCCUGGAAUUAUACCCUACCUGACCUGAAAGAUUACAUGAACAGCAGCGACCUCCCUUCAGCCCAUAUCCUCCUCGGCCUCAGCACUACGACCACUGAAGCUUCGAACGCAAAUAAACCAAUUUUUCCUCUAAACCUAACCCUCUGGAGCUCCGUUAACAUGCCUUGGCGCUCCAACGUUAGUCACACUGACAUGGAGCCCAUGUCCAGUUCUUCCAGUCGGCAGACGAGCUCAUAUUACGACCCAAGAAGCCGCCCACAUUUUUCGCCCAGUUCUGGGUAUGAACUGGAGGGCCGAAAAGGGCCUAUGUUACCCCAUGGUGCCGCUGAAGGUAUUGCUCAAAUGGUAAUACCAGCGAGUAUUGGUACUCUUACCCACGACGUCUCUUUUGUUUCAACCUUCAACUCGAGUCUCAUAAAUAAUGACCAAUACUGGACACUGUUCGAUAACAAGUCGAACAAUGACACCGACAUCGAUGGCUCUUACGAUGGAGCAACGGCCGCCAUGUCCACGGCCGGCAUGAUAGCCACGUCUGUCGUCCUCGGCGUCAUGAUACUUACUACUGUUAUAGGCAACGUAUUUGUGAUCGCAGCGAUCUUGCUGGAGCGAAACUUGCAGCAAGUCGCGAACUUCCUCAUAGUUUCCUUGGCGGUCGCCGACCUCAUGGUGGCCUGUCUCGUGAUGCCCCUGGGCGCCGUGUAUGAGAUCAGUCGGGAGUGGGUGUUGGGGCCAGAGCUGUGCGACAUGUGGACCUCCAGUGACGUGCUCUGCUGUACGGCGUCAAUACUUCAUCUUGUAGCCAUCGCGCUGGACAGAUACUGGGCCGUGACUCAAGUCGACUACAUCCAGGCUCGCCGCAACGGUAAGCGUAUCGGUAUCAUGAUCCUGCUCGUCUGGUUGACAGCUGUCAUCGUAUCCAUGGCUCCGUUUUUCGGAUGGAAAGAUCCGAAUUAUCUGUUCCGCGUGAACGAGCAGAAGAAAUGUCUCGUGUCACAAGAUUUGGGCUACCAGAUCUUCGCAACACUUGCCACUUUUUACGUGCCGCUCACAGCCAUCCUCAUUCUGUAUUGGCGGAUCUUCCAAACCGCCAGAAAGCGACUUCACAAGCGCCCAGGCAAGAGCAAAGCUCCUAAGAGGCUCAGCUUCAGAUCAAAGUCAAGAGAGAAAAAAGCAGAAUCCGCAGCUGUACGCUCAAACGGAGUGUUUGAUUCACAAAAAUGUGAUUCACAAGCUACGCACAUCGAAAAUUCCCACAUCGGCACUGACGCUUGCGAAUCAGUGGAAUACCUCGAGAGCUUCAACGAUGACGCCGAACUAAAGGAAGUCGAGACAUGCGAAUUACCGCAGCCUGCUGGCCUGGCUUACAUAUCAGGCAACCAAGUCAUCAUCCAACCAACGCCGGUGUUCCUAAGCACUCACCGCAACUCGGUAGCUGUCAUGGGACCUUAUGGGUCUGUCCGAGAUCCAUCAGAGUUCAUACAUUCUAUGUCAAUCAUGCACACAGGAGAGCCACAGCACCACAAUAUCGGUCGAGGUGAUCAGAUCGGAGGACUUCGAAUAGUCAAAACCGGUAGUGUUGGUCAGUAUACCUUUGCAAACGUUGACGGCAGAGAUAGGUUCAGUUUCGAUGGCAACUUUGAGUUAGGUGCAAAUUCUGGAAUAGAUUUACAAUACCGAACGUUCUUGCAGAAAAGAGAACAAAUGCAAAUCCAUCCUGCACCAAUUCAGACCGAUAUUUGUCGUAAGGUAGAUGCGUCUGUUCUUACUGAAGAUGCUGGAGGAAUAAACGGUGAAUCACUGAGUCAGGAUCAAAGUUACCAAAGAGAACACACAACACUUUACAAACAUGAAUCAACUAAUACGAGCACUCGAUCGCUGUUUAAAAACGAAUCUACCAACACAGAUUCUGUUUAUGAUUUUCCGUUGUCAUCUUCUUAUGACAAUCUUUCCCCUUCUUAUAGGAGGAAAAUUGUGAAUGAGUCUGAAGUGUGUUCAUCAUGGUUUGCUAUAGACCACUUGCCUAUUACUCAGCCUUACCCGGCGGACGAGACUGGGAAGCUAUCAGCCUCGGAGAAUAGAUUGCAAACUGAUCCAUUAAAAUCCACAGGCGGCAUCGCUCACCACCCGAUAGCCUCAUUACCAAUCGAAUUUGCGAACAACAAAGAGUCUUCCAGUCUCAUUGCUUCAGCAACUUCAUCGCAAGAGGUUGAAGUCUCUAGUAAGAGUGAGAACCCCGUUAUGAAGGAGCUCGAGCCUAAAGCUAAAGACUCGUCUAAUAACUCACUAGAAAAAGUAAGCGACUCGGUUCCUUCGUCCCACCUUAAGAAAACUAAGAAGGAAUCUCUCGAUGCCAAGAGGGAGAAGAAAGCUGCCAAAACUUUGGCCAUUAUCACCGGAGCUUUUGUGGUCUGUUGGAUGCCGUUCUUUGCUAUUGCUCUGGUGAUGCCGGUGUGCCCCUCGUGUUGGAUGUCAGAUGUCAUGUUCUCGUUUUUCCUGUGGCUUGGAUACUUCAAUUCGACGCUCAACCCAAUAAUAUAUACUAUAUUCAGUCCCGAGUUUCGGCAAGCGUUCAAGAGGAUUUUGUGUGGUAGAAAAUCUCAAAGAUAUCGCCCGGGACAAAGACGCUAGUUCUUUAGUAAGAAAAUGUAUUAUGCAUAAAGAAAUAGUUUACGAAUGAAAUGUACAAAUUUACAAAUAUGUAAAUGCAAAUUUACGAAUGAAAACCCUUGUUGACCCGUGCUAAAAUAUAGUUCUAUAUGUUGUUAUAUUUGGUGUUAAGAUAUUUAUAGAUGCUAUAUAACGCGAUGUUUGUGUGACUGUGCUUGUUAAAUUAACUGUUGAUGUAUUGAACAAAGUUAAUAUAUAUAUUAAGAACUGUCAUAGGAUUUUUUAACAACUUUCCCGCCGUGCUGCUAAAGCGAAAGGUCGAGAAAUUUGUUCCUUAACUAUUAUACAAACGAUAUCAUAAAUAGGAAUAUGGAAAUAAUAAUGUUCAUCUUGAUUCAUUCUUGAGCUAAGGUGUGAGAAAAUUUGACUCAAAACAAAAAUUCGCCCCCUUAUUUCGAAAACCGGUUAUCGAAAAACGUUAUAUAUUCCAUAUCGGCUCAAUAUUAUUGGGGUGUUUUUUUUAAAUUUUGCUGCUGAUG